UCGAAUGUGAUGAUGUUUCUCGAUUAAAAGCGUAGAAACAUUAAACGAACUACGUCAUUGUAUUUUUUGUUUUUCGUCGACGUUAUUUAUACAAGAGAAAAAUAUAUAAUUACAUUAAUAAAAGAACAUUAUUUAUUUUCCUUUUUUUUCUGCUGAUAAAUGCUUUUUACAUAGUUUUGACAUUUGGUCAGUCAAUAUGGCGGCCUCUAUGCAGUCUAUAAUGCAAAACACUUGCACAGAUGUACGUUUGUACUUAGUAAAAAGUCGGCAAUGUACAAGAGGGAAUCUGUUAUCGAAUAAAUAUUGAAGCCAACUUUAGCUUGUGUUAUUGAUUCAAUAAGCCAAAGAGAAUAAAGAGAAAGGUACAUUGAAAAGUGAAAAAUUGAUAAAAUAUACACUUGAAUGAUAUUGAAAUUAUAAAAUGUUCGAGUCACCGAGAAGUUUGCAAGAAGUCUGCAUAGAUUUUAUUUGCGAUAAUGUUUUGACUUUGUGCGAAGUACAUCUUGAUGAUACGAAUGAACAUUCCUCUGGAUCAUUUUCUCCUACCACGUAUGAUCAAGUUAGAUGCAUAUUCAGCAAAAGUAGCUCAGAAACAUCAGUGCCAAUAUGUACAUUGUCCAACGAUGUAUCACGCAGUUUACCUACUAGACUUAGUUUCAAACAUCCCGAUAUCUUUUUACCAACUGCAAUUUCAGAGCUAUUAUUGUCUAACCUUUGUGAGAGGAAAACAUUAUCCAAUUUGACCAUUACACUUUUUGAUUCUAAAUCAACUAGAUUAAGGCAUGUCAAAUUGAAAGAUGCAUCUACUCUAUCUGCAAAAGGUUUAAAAUUUCUUAAACAACAUAAGAUUGUAGAUUUGGUAGUAAAUGAUUUAAAGGUCACAGUUAAUGAUCUGAUCAGCUGUUUGAGUGAUUGGAGUUUACAAAAUCUUAGGUCGCUGAGCGUAGCUAAAGGCAGUUUUAUGGAUUGUUCGAGAUACUGUGUGGUAGUAACAUUGAGUAAAUUACGUGCGCUGCAUACAUUAAAUGUCUCAGGAACGGAAUUUAAUAAGCAUGGAUUAGAAAUAGUGGUCGAAGAUCUUCCGCUUUUAGAAAAUUUAGAUAUAUCAUGCACUACAGUCGAUGAUAUAACGCCAUUAAGAAAAUGUAAAGAUCGUUUAAAAACUUUAACUAUGUAUAAUAUAAAAAUAAGUAGAUGCGGAAAUCUGAUACCUAUUUUAUUGGAAUUAAAUGAAUUAAGAAACUUGGAUAUUUCCGAUGAAAAAGAUACAUAUGCUUUUGAAAUGUUUGCGCCUAACAAACAAAAAAUAGGAGAUUUUCUCAAAGCUGUACAUUGUAUGCCACAUUUAACUAGUUUGGAUUUAUCUGGUAAAGAUGAAAUAAAUCCAAAAGAUUUAAAAGAAUUUAUUAAGGAACACCCGCAUUUAAAAUUUCUUGGUCUUGUGCACUCUGAUACUUGUUACGAGGAUAGUUUAAUCAAUCCUGCAAAUGAAGAUUAUAAACCUGAUCUUGUUGUCAGUGGUACAGCAACCGAAUCUCAAAUUUUAGAAGCUUUAAAAAAAUAUACUUGUCGAUCGGUUUAUAUUCAAAAGUGUUUGUUUAAUCUAUUUCGUUUGACACCAAAUUUUUUCGAACCACGCGUAGAUGUAAUCAAAUUAGUGCUGCCUGGAAUGCGAGAACAUCCACAAGAAUUUCGUGUACAAAUGGCAGCAACCGCGUGUCUUUACAAUCUUACAAAAGGUGAAUCAGCAGUCAUGAUCCAUCCAUCAAUUCUUAAACAAAUUGUCGACUUAACAUUGACUGCUAUGGAGUCGUACCCAUCUCAUUAUCAGUUACAAAAAAAUACAUUAUUAACGCUGUGUAGCGACAGAAUUCUACAAGAUGUUACAUUUGACAAAUAUAGGUGUGCAAGAUUAGUAAUGAAUUGUUUAUCGACAUUUGACGACGCGUCAAUGAAUCGAAUGUCAGUAGCAAUUUGCUCCAUAUUAGCAGCAAAAAUAUCAACAGCGGAAACGUCUAUGCUCGGUGCACAGCCGCAAUAUAUGUCGAAGUUAUUAACAAUGGUCAAAUCAAAAGUUCAAUCUAAUUCAGUUGAUAUUACAAUGAAAUUCACAUUAAGUGCUCUAUGGAAUUUAACGGACGAAAGUGCCACUACGUGCAAAGUUUUUUUGGACGAGGGAGGAAUGGAAUUGUUUCUUCAAGUACUUGAAAGUUUCCAGGGUGAAUCUAGUGUGGAGACUAAAGUACUUGGUCUAUUAAAUAACAUAGCUGAGGUUGUACAUCUGCGGCCACGACUCAUGCAAACUCGUUUCAUAUCGAUGCUUUCCUCGCUGUUAGAUUCUGUUAACAUCGAUGUGUCUUACUUUGCGGCAGGUAUCACAGCACAUUUGCUAAGCGAUGGUCCUGGAGUUUGGAGUUUAGUAUUUUCACAUCCUACUAGAGAACAAUUAUUAGAACAAUUAGCUCAUGCCGUUACUCAGUGGCGAACUCCGCAAGGAGAGAUGGUCGCUUAUAGAAGUUUUCAGCCAUUUUUCCCUCUUUUACGUUGUUCAGAUGCAUAUCCUGUUCAGCUUUGGGCAGUAUGGGCGAUACAUCAUGUGUGCACAAAAAAUCCAAAACGUUAUUGUGGCAUGUUAACGAGGGAGGGUGGAGUAGAAACAUUAAAAUAUCUGGAAAAAACGCAUACGGAAAAUACAAGUCAUCCAAAUUUGCGGUCUCUGUGUCGAUCAAUUCUUGAAACUCUGAAAUUAAAUUCUUGUUAAUAUCAACCAUUGCCUUCCAAAUUGAGAAUCAAGUACUAUGCAGAUGGUAUACUAGUCAAUGAUUAUCUUAUUAAAAUCUUAUAUUCUGUUUGUUAGACCAAAUAAUGAAAACUUCUGUAUGGAAAUGAUAUUCAUCGAGCAAGCAUUACAAUCAAAACAGUACAAUUCAGUUCAUUUACUAUUAACCACAUUGAUUAACAUUGAGGGCCUGAGAUGAAAAUAAUGAUUUUAGUUAUCUUAGGAAAAUUUUUAAUUUAACUUAAGAAAUGAUCCACUUCACUAAGACAAUUAUACUGUUUAAAAAGAAAAAAAACUAUUUAGCCUCAUAACAAAUAGUACUUAUAAUAAAACUGAAAGAUUGAAUUCAUCUUAUUUGUAAUCUGUGAUUUAACAAAAUAAUUAUUUUGCUAACAUUUUGUAUCUCUUGUAAAUGUAAUGGUAUAAUCGUUUUAACGAGGUGCUAUGUAAUAUUGAAUAAAUUUGUUUUCUUACAUUAUAUUAUGAUCAAUAUUAUUAUAUUCUUUAUAUUAGAUUUUAAUUAUUCUUAUCGUAAAUAUGAAUGAAUGAAAUACAAUAGAUUAUAAAAGCUCAAAUAUAUAUUGUUAUAAAUAAAAAAGAAUGAAAUUAGAAAGAUUUCAAUGUUGCUACAAAAAAUAUUAACUACUUUACUGUUUUAGUAACUUGCAAUGGAUUAAAUGACAUCUAAUUUCUAUUUUUUAAAAGUCUACUUUUGAUAGCAAUAUCUAAGAAUACAUAUAUAAUAGACAUAUGAAGGGUAAGAGGGGUGGGAGGGAAAGGGAGAGUAUCUCUCUCUCAUUUACGUACUAAAAUAUGAAGAAACUUUACAUAAUAUUAUAAUAUAAUUUAGUUCAGGUCCUCAACGCGUUUUGUUGAUAGCUGUAUCUUGUAAAUGUUGAAAUGCUAAUAACCACAUUAGGUCAUUUUUAAUAAUUAACUGUACAUUUUUAUGCCUUCAGAGAUUAUAUGGAAGUAAAGAAUUUUUAAUGAGAGAAAUAAUGUUUAAAUUAUGUCUGUUAUAAAAAUCUUUUAUGAAUUAAUAUAAGCGAAAUUUAUUCUUCUGAUAUAUAUCAUUAAAUGUUGAUCCGAGAUGUAAGAAACCUCGUGUUCAAUGUUAUUGAGUUUUAAUAAACAAACUGCGUCGGCUUCUAACAUAUUCUUUUUAUUCUGUACCAAUAAUAUGCGUUUAUUAUCUUUAUUAAAUUUUAUUAAAUUUUAUUAAAUUAUAUUAAACUCGCCCAAGGUAAGCCGAGAAAAUCUUUAUUUACCACCCAUUCAUUUUACAUUAAUUUUUUACACUUAUGCCUUAAUUAUUCUUUUUUUUCUUGUUUAUUUUUUUUCUCUUUAAUGGAACGUAAAAAAUGUUCAUGAAAUCUGUAUUUGUAUCGUUAUCACUCAAUUGAUGCCGAUGCUGCACUGCACCUGCAAAAUACUUAGCGACGUGGAAGCGAAAUCUGGCUUGAUCAUUAAAAUGUUGAAAAUCAGCUCUCCUCCUAAUAUAGCAUAGUGGGUUAAUGACUCAAAAAUUCAUUUUACAUCAUCUUACAAAUUAGUAGCAACAUAUUUAAGAUAAAAUUGAAAGUGUAUAGUUAGUUGUAAAUAAAUGAAAGUUGUAUACAUGAUUUUUUGUAAAUAUAUAUGCUGUAAGAUCAAA